UAAACUCAACAUCUGAUCGGUGCUUUUGUUACGCAUGGAUCGCUAUAGGCUACAACGUCUUCGAUCAAUAUAGCCUUAGCUAACCGACGUCGCUGUGCCGGGAGAUGUGGUCAGCAUUACAGGUCCUUUUCGAAUUAUACAAUCUCGAGUGCCUGGAAGUCGGAAAUGGGUGCCUAUCUGUCUCUGAGCAAAUAAUCGGCUAUUGGUUAUGCAUACAGUAGCCUAAAUCACUGCUCCGAAAUUAAGAGAUGUGGGUGAUGCCAAGGAGUUUCCAGUUGUUUCCCUCGCGCAGAGAUGCCCUGAGGUUGUAUUUGGACUGAUGCCGAGUCGCUGAUAUGCAUUGAAGAUGAGUGGCGUAGGAGAUAACUCUUCGGACUCUGGCCGGACAGAGGCUCAGAAACGAAAAGAAUGUUCCUCAGAGCUACUGGGCCCAAGUACCAAACGAAGCACUGAAAAGCGCAACCGGGAGCACGAGAAUAAAUACAUCGAAGAGCUCGCCGAGCUGAUCUUCGCCAACAUCAACGACAUUGACAACUUCAAUGUCAAGCCUGACAAAUGUGCAAUCUUGAAAGAAACUGUGAAGCAGAUUCGUCAAAUAAAGGAGCAAGUGGUGGCACGCAGCACUGGUUUGGCGCUGGAGGAGCGACUCGUGUUUCAGAGAGUGAUUACGAUGAAGGAUGGAGCGGAUGGAGAAGGCUGAGCCGUCACCGUGAUGCCAGCAGGACAGCAGGG